CGUCACCCAUUCCGAGCCCAUUCUCUUUUUCUUGAAAGCCGACAAGUGCGGUUUACUUGUAAUUAUUUAACAGUUGAUUUUAAUUUCCCAAGUCAUCCUGUUCAGCUUUUGAUUGCAAAAUUCCAAUUACCUACCAAUAUGUCUGCUUUAGCUCACGAAAAGGUUUGGUUGGAUAGAACCAUCUACAAUGAUGCAGAAAAAGCAUAUUAUGAAUCUUUGUCAAAGGUUCGAGUACCAUCACUAACAUUAACACAAUCAUCUUUGGCCAAUGAAGUUGCAAAGGCUAGACAGCACAUCAAAAAAUCUCUUGAAUGUAUGGAUAGUGUUGCUUCCUUGGCUGGUGUACCAAACACAGAGCUUAACAACAAAAUCAAUAGUUUAUCAAAGGAAAAUGUGGAACUAAAAAAAGCCAUUGAUGGUUUACGCAACUUGGUUGUCAGUCUUCAAGCAAGAGUAGAGUCUUUGGAAUCAAAUUGUAACAAACCCUCAGCUCAACCACAAGCAAAGCCUGCACCCCCAGAUACACAAGAUUCUGAUGAUGGUGUAGAUUUAUUUGGGUCUGAUGAUGAAGAAGAGAGUGCAGAAGCAGCCAAACUAAAGGAGGAGCGACUUGCUGCUUAUAAUGCUAAAAAGGCUAAAAAACCAGCCUUGAUUGCCAAAUCUAGUAUUAUUUUGGAUGUCAAGCCUUGGGAUGACGAGACUGACAUGGCUGAAAUGGAAAAAGCUGUAAGAAGCAUUGCUACUGAGGGUUUGCUUUGGGGAGCAUCCAAACUUGUGCCAUUAGCUUAUGGGAUUCACAAACUUCAAAUUUCUUGUGUUGUUGAAGAUGAGAAAGUUUCUGUGGACUGGUUAACAGAAGAAAUUGAGAAAAUUGAUGACUAUGUUCAAAGCAUCGACAUAGCUGCUUUCAACAAAGUUUAAUAAAACCUAGAUGAAAAUGUUCUGUUCAAUAAAAAGUGUACCUAAUACAUU